AUGCGCGAAACAAGAAAAGUAGAGGAAAAGGCUCUGGAGAAGGCACAAAACACUACUUGCCGUGAGGGCUCAAAAGUGGGCAAGAGGAAGCAGAGACAUGAGAUCUCUGAGGGAGACUCCUCUAGCAUCACACACUCGAGCGUCCGUGACAGGGGCAAGGCGGAAGAUCAAGACAAAGAUCUCGACUUGUAUAAGAUGGCGAAAAAGGCUAAGGACACCGAUUUGCACAAUCAGAUCGAGAAGAUUGUUAGAGGGUACAAGCCGCAAACACCCGCUAAACUAGCUCUGGAAGCGGCGAAAGGAAUCUGCAAGUCGCCAUUCACGGAAGACAUCCUGAAAGCCAAGAAGCCAGUUAAGUUCACCCAACCUAAGUUUAAGUUGUUCGAGGGCACGACUGAUCCCAUUGAACACAUCUAUCAUUUCCAACAACAAAUGGUGCUCGAAUGA